UGGCAGUUAACUAACUUAAGCCAGAGAGUGAGGCUCAGGCAGUUGUGGCGGAAACGUCUCCGCCUCCCAACCAACAAUCCACCAGCCCCGCCGAGGGCCGAUCGAUGGCGUCGGCGUCGCGGCUGCUGCCGCCCGCGCCCAUUCCGUCCGUCCCAACAUUUCGCCACGCCAGCUUUGGCGCCGCCCCUCGCAUCUGCCGCCUCGCCAUCCCGAGUUUCCGCUGCCGCGCUUCCGCCGCCACCGCCGCCGUCGGCGCUGCCGCUGCCGCGCCGCUGGUCCUAGAGGAUCGCGCCAGCGCGGUGGCCUUGCGGGAGUUCGUCACGCUCGACGAACUCCGCGCCGCCGUGAGCCUCCGCGUCCGCACCUUCUACGAGUACGCCCGCGAAACCGUCGGCGCCGAGGAUCACAGAAAAGCUCUGGCAGAGAGGGAAUAUGAAGCAUUACAAAAUCGGAUUUCUGGCAAGAUGAUUAAUUUUCAGAGAGUUUCUUGUAUAAAUGGGACAGUACCACUUUUACCGUCAUUGAUGUCAGCAGAGGAGCUUUGUUCAGCAUGUAAGUUUGUUGAAGAUGGGGAGGAGAGAAUAGUAGUUAGCAGCUUAGACCUCAAUCAGUGCCUCUGGCUACCAGAUGAACUGACUGGAAAGAGGCCUGGGGUAAAUGAAUCCAGCCAUACAAGGGCAUAUCUGAGCAAUGUUUGUGUUGCCAAGGAGCUCCAAAGAAACGGGCUGGGCUCUGCAUUGGUUGACAAGUCUAAGGGACUUGCUCGUCAAUGGGGCAUAACAGAUUUGUAUGUCCAUGUCGCCAUCAACAACGAAGCAGCACAAAGAUUGUACAUGAAGUGUGGAUUUGUGUAUGAAAGUGAGGAGCCUGCAUGGAAGGCUAGGCACCUUGGUCGCCCUCGGAGGCUGCUUCUUUGGCUCGAUAUGAGGAACUAACCCUUGUGAUCUCACGUGUAAAUGCAUUUGUUUAUAGUUAUAUAAUAUAUAUAUUCUCGUGACAGUCUAUUUUUUGGUAUAUCUUUUACUGCAUGAUUCCAAUAGUUCUUUAUUUCUUUUCUGGAAAGGUAACCUAGGUCCAGAAUUUCAAACCACAGUCCCUUCCUCAUAAUUUUUACUUGUUCUUCCACGUACUACGACAUGUAUAUUCAGAACUUCAAUGGCUUGUAUUCAGGCUAGCUACAACUCUGAAGAAAAUGGCAAUGUAUGGGUUUAUUAAUUAUUA